GGUCCGGGAGGGAGGAAGGUGGCAAGAUGGUGUUGGAAAGCACUAUGGUCUGAGGAUACUAAAGAAAAAGAUUGCCGCCCGGACCAUAUUUUGUUAGCCAGGGGAAAUGAAGUGUCUCAUCUAGGAGGCCACUCCUUCCUCCCUUCAGCACAGAUGGAAUCAUUGACAGAGUUCUAGAGGAUCUCGAGUCAUCAGGAAUUGAUCCUGCUCAGGGCUUGUCGUGGACAACAGUGAAUAUAUGCGGAAUGGGGACUUCUUACCCACCCGGCUGCAGGCCCAGCAGGACGCUGUCAACAUAGUGUGUCACUCCAAGACCCGCAGCAACCCUGAGAACAACGUGGGCCUCAUCACACUGGCCAAUGACUGUGAAGUGCUGACCACACUCACCCCUGACACCGGCCGCAUCCUUUCCAAGCUUCACACUGUCCAACCCAAGGGCAAGAUCACCUUCUGCACUGGCAUCCGCGUGGCCCACCUGGCUCUGAAGCACCGACAGGGCAAGAAUCACAAGAUGCGCAUCAUUGCCUUUGUGGGAAGUCCCGUGGAGGACAAUGAGAAGGAUCUGGUGAAGCUGGCUAAACGUCUCAAGAAGGAAAAAGUGAAUGUUGACAUUAUCAACUUUGGGGAAGAGGAAGUGAACACAGAAAAGCUGACGGCGUUUGUAAACACACUGAAUGGCAAAGAUGGUACCGGUUCUCAUCUGGUGACAGUGCCCCCCGGGCCCAGCUUGGCCGAUGCCCUCAUCAGUUCUCCGAUUCUGGCUGGUGAAGGUGGUGCCAUGCUGGGACUUGGUGCCAGUGACUUUGAAUUUGGAGUGGAUCCCAGUGCUGAUCCUGAGCUGGCCCUGGCCCUUCGUGUCUCUAUGGAAGAGCAGCGGCAGCGGCAGGAGGAGGAGGCCCGGCGGGCAGCUGCAGCCUCUGCUGCUGAGGCCGGGAUUGCUACAGCCGGGGCCGAAGACUCGGAUGAUGCCCUGCUGAAGAUGACCAUCAGCCAGCAGGAGUUUGGCCGCACCGGGCUCCCCGACCUGAGCAGUAUGACCGAGGAAGAGCAGAUUGCCUACGCCAUGCAGAUGUCCCUACAGGGUGCAGAGUUUGGCCAGGCAGAAUCAGCUGACAUUGAUGCCAGUUCAGCCAUGGACACAUCUGAGCCUGCCAAGGAGGAGGAGGAUUAUGAUGUGAUGCAGGACCCCGAGUUCCUUCAGAGUGUCCUGGAGAACCUGCCAGGAGUGGAUCCCAACAAUGAAGCUAUUCGAAAUGCCAUGGGGUCCCUCGCCUCCCAGGCCAACAAGGAUGGCAAGAAAGACAAGAAGGAGGAGGACAAGAAAUGAGACUGGGGGCAAGGGUGGCUGAGCCUGCUCAGGGGCCACACAGGGUGGGGCGGGGUGUAGGCUUAGAUAUGUUAACCUGUAACCACUGCCGCCUCAAUAAAGCUUGGCAACUUUUGUUUCCUU